GUUCCGGGUCAGUCACAUGACUCUCGGGCUGCGCUAUGGCGGAAGCUGAGGAGCAGGAAACUGGGUCUCUUGAUGAAGAGUCUACAGAUGAGUCCGAGGAAGAAGAGAGUGAAGAGGAGCCCAAACUGAAGUACGAAAGGCUUUCCAAUGGGGUGACAGAGAUUCUUCAGAAGGAUGCAGCGAGCUGCAUGACAGUCCACGACAAGUUUUUGGCACUGGGCACACAUUAUGGCAAGGUUUAUUUACUUGAUGUCCAGGGAAACAUCACUCAGAAGUUUGAUGUAAGUCCUGUGAAGAUAAACCAGAUUAGCUUGGAUGAAAGCGGGGAACACAUGGGCGUGUGCUCUGAGGAUGGCAAGGUACAGGUAUUUGGACUGUAUUCUGGAGAAGAAUUUCAUGAGACUUUCGACUGUCCCAUUAAAAUCAUUGCAGUGCACCCGCAGUUCCUGAGAUCCAGUUGUAAGCAGUUCGUGACAGGAGGGAAGAAGUUGCUGCUGUUUGAACGGACGUGGAUGAACAGAUGGAAGUCUUCUGUCCUACAUGAAGGGGAGGGGAACAUACGGAGUGUGAAGUGGAGAGGCCAUCUGAUUGCUUGGGCCAACAAUAUGGGUGUGAAGAUUUUUGAUAUCACCUCAAAGCAAAGAAUCACCAAUGUCCCCCGAGAUGAUAUAAGUCUUCGUCCAGAUAUGUAUCCCUGCAGCCUCUGCUGGAAGGACAGUGUGACACUCAUUAUUGGCUGGGGAACUUCCAUCAAGAUAUGCUCAGUGAAGGAACGGCACGCCAGUGACAUGAGGGAUUUGCCCAGUCGAUAUGUUGAAAUAGUGUCACAGUUUGAAACUGAAUUCUUUAUUAGUGGACUCGCUCCUCUCUGUGAUCAGCUUGUUGUGCUUUCCUACGUAAAAGAAGUUUCAGAAAAAACGGAAAGAGAAUACUGUGCCAGGCCUCGACUAGACAUCAUCCAACCACUUCCUGAGACUUGUGAAGAGAUCUCUUCUGAUGCUUUAACAGUCAGAGACUUUCAGGAGAAUGAAUGCAGGGAUUAUCAUUUAGAAUAUUCCGAAGGGGAAUCACUAUUCUACAUUGUGAGUCCAAGAGACGUCGUAGUGGCCAAGGAACGAGACCAAGAUGAUCACAUCGACUGGCUCCUUGAAAAGAGGAAAUAUGAAGAAGCUUUGAUGGCUGCUGAAAUUAGCCAAAGGAAUAUUAAAAGACACAAGAUCCUGGAUAUUGGCUUGGCAUAUGUAAAUCACCUGGUAGAGAGAGGAGAAUAUGACAUGGCGGCACGCAAAUGUCAGAAGAUUCUUGGGAAAAAUGCAGCACUAUGGGAAUAUGAAGUUUAUAAAUUUAAAGAAAUCGGACAGCUUAAAGCUAUUAGUCCUUAUCUUCCGAGAGGAGAUCCAGUUCUGAAACCACUCAUCUAUGAAAUGAUCCUACACGAAUUUUUGGAAAGUGAUUAUGAGGGUUUUGCCACACUGAUCAGGGAAUGGCCUGGAGAUCUGUAUAACAAUUCAGUGAUUGUUCAGGCAGUCCGCGAGCACCUGAAGAGAGAUAGCCAAAACAAGACUCUAUUGAAAACCCUGGCAGAGUUGUACACCUAUGACAAAAAUUAUGGCAAUGCUCUGGAAAUAUACUUAGCAUUAAGACAUAAAGAUGUUUUCCAGUUGAUACACAAGCAUAAUCUUUUCAGCUCAAUCAAGGAUAAAAUUGUUUUAUUAAUGGAUUUUGAUUCAGAGAAAGCUGUUGACAUGCUUUUGGACAAUGAAGAUAAGAUUUCAAUUAAAAAAGUGGUAGAGGAAUUAGAAGACAGACCAGAAUUGCAGCAUGUGUAUUUGCAUAAGCUCUUCAAGAGGGACCAUCAUAAAGGUCAGCGCUACCAUGAAAAACAGAUCAGUCUUUAUGCUGAGUACGAUCGGCCAAACUUGCUUCCCUUUCUCCGAGACAGUACCCACUGCCCACUUGAAAAGGCUCUUGAGAUCUGUCAACAAAGAAACUUCGUAGAAGAGACAGUUUAUCUUCUGAGCCGAAUGGGUAACAGCCGAAGUGCCCUCAAGAUGAUUAUGGAGGAAUUACAUGAUGUUGAUAAAGCAAUUGAAUUUGCCAAGGAGCAGGAUGAUGGAGAGCUGUGGGAAGAUCUGAUUUUAUAUUCCAUUGACAAACCACCAUUCAUUACCGGCUUAUUAAACAACAUUGGCACGCAUGUUGACCCGAUUCUGCUGAUUCACCGUAUCAAGGAAGGAAUGGAGAUUCCCAACUUGAGAGAUUCGUUAGUUAAAAUUCUACAGGAUUAUAAUUUGCAGAUUCUGCUUCGGGAAGGCUGCAAGAAAAUUCUCGUCGCUGACUCUUUGUCAUUACUGAGGAAAAUGCACCGAACUCAAAUGAAAGGUGUUCUGGUCGAUGAAGAGAAUGUCUGUGAAUCAUGCCUUUCUCCUAUCCUUCCAACAGAUGCAGCUAAGCCUUUCAGCGUGGUGGUUUUCCAUUGCCGACACAUGUUCCACAAAGAGUGCCUGCCCAUGCCCAGCAUGAAUUCUCUUGCGCAGUACUGCAACAUCUGUAGUGCUAAGAGCCGAGGACCAGGAAGUGCAAUUUUGGAGAUGAAAAAGUAGCUGAGCUCUGCUGGUCAGCCUCUCUUUGCCACUCUAUUCCAGACUGUUCUUGGACCACAGCAGCUGUGCUGUCUCCAGCACUGUUCAGAGAUGUGUUCGUGUUGACCUUUGCUGUGGAUGAGUUUCUUCAUCCAGGCCUGCCUUACAGAUGCUCCUGCCUGCUGUUGACAGAGAAGUCAAGGCCACCCCCAUGCCUUGAAAUAUUUGGGUUCAUCAUUGAUAUUUCAACAUUCAUUGUUUGGUUCAUCCUUUAGUUAGCAAAUGAAAACCUAAAUCUCCGAAUUAGAAAUUACGUUUUUAGACCUCAGUAAGACCACUUGGGCAUGAGGCAUAGUACUGAGAACUGUCCAGCUGUCUGAGAACAGACUUUAGCUGCAGUGAUCCAGUGCACAGCUUGUUUCCAGAAGCUCUGCUGGCAGCAAUUGUUGCAUUCUGGGCUAUGCUGUUCUAUAUGUUGUCAACUGUGGUUAGCUUUCUAAUAUCUAUAUGUUGAAACACUGCAAAUUGUCACUUUCAGUGACAUCUGGAAUAACAUUAGCAGGCUGAUGUCCUAUAACCUUUCUAUUUGCUAAUUACAUGUUCUGUGCUUUCUGACUGGUAGAUAUCUGGUCCUAUCAGGCAUUCCAUGUUUGUUGAAUAAAUAAACAUUGAUCUUCUCAUUGUGAA